GGUCUUCACUGAGCAGUGAGUCGUCCCCCGUGUCUUCUCCAGCCACCAACCACAGCUCCCCUGCCAGCACACCCAAGCGAGUGCCCAUGGGCCCCAUCAUUGUCCCUCCUGGGGGCCACAGUGUCCCCAGCACACCGCCUGUGGUGACCAUUGCCCCAACCAAGACUGUCAAUGGCGUCUGGAGGAGCGAGAGUCGCCAGCAGGACACUGGCUCGAGGGGCGGCAGCAGUGGUCGGGAGCGCCUCAUCGUGGAGCCACCACUGCCCCAGGAAAAAGCAGGAGGCCCAGCCAUCCCCUCCCACCUGCUCAGCACCCCUUACCCCUUCGGCCUGUCCCCCGGCUCGGUGGUGCAGGACUCCCGCUUUCCACCACUCAACCUCCAGCGACCCGUGCACCACGUGGUGCCUCCCAGCACCGUGACCGAGGACUACUUGAGAAGCUUCCGGCCCUACCACACCGAUGACCUGCGCAUGUCCUCCCUGCCCCCUCUUGGCCUGGACCCUGCCACCGCUGCUGCCUAUUACCACCCCAGCUACCUGACCCCGCACCCCUUCCCCCACCCAGCCUUCAGGAUGGACGACUCCUAUUGCCUGUCGGCCCUGAGGUCCCCGUUCUACCCCAUCCCCACCCCUGGCUCCCUGCCUCCACUGCACCCGUCAGCGAUGCACCUCCACCUCUCUGGGGUCCGCUACCCGCCUGAGCUCUCCCACUCGUCCCUGGCAGCACUGCACUCAGAGAGAAUGUCUGGUCUUAGUGCAGAGAGGCUGCAGAUGGAUGAAGAGCUACGGAGAGAGAGAGAGCGGGAACGGGAGCGGGAAGCCGACCGGGAGAGGGAAAAGGAGCGAGAGCGAGAAAGGGAGAAGGAGCGAGAACGGGAAAAGGAGCUGGAACGGGAGCGCGAAAAGGAGCGAGAGCGGGAGCUAGAGCGCCAGCGGGAGCAGCGGGCCCGGGAGAAGGAGCUGCUGGCUGCCAAGACUCUAGAGCCUGCCUUCCUGCCUGUGGCUGAGCUGCAUGGGCUGCGCAGCCAUGUCCCCGAGGAGCGGGUCAAGCCCUCGGAGCAGCUGACCCCAACCCGAGCAGAGAAGCUGAAGGAUGCAGGCCUGCAGGCACCUAAGCCUGUGCAGCACCCCUUGCACCCAGUGCCCACCCCGCACCACACAGUGCCCAGCCUCAUCUCCAACCAUGCCAUCUUCUCUCUGCCGGGCAGCAGUGCCACCACGGCCCUGCUGAUCCAGCGCACCAACGAGGAGGAAAAGUGGCUGGCGCGACAGCGACGGCUGCGGCAAGAGAAAGAGGACCGACAGUCGCAGGUGUCAGAGUUCCGCCAGCAGGUGCUGGAGCAGCACCUGGACAUGGGCCGGCCGCCUGUGCCCUCGGAGGCUGAGCACAGGCCAGAGAGCACCAGGCCAGGACCAAACCGUCAUGAGCAGGGCAGCCGCGAUCCCCCACAGCACUUUGGUGGGCCGCCACCUCUGAUCUCACCCAAGCCCCCGCACCACACUGUGUCCACCGCCCUCUGGAAUCCGGUGUCCCUGAUGGACAAUACCCUGGAGACACGGCGAACUGAGAGCCACUCUCUGCACAGCCACCCGGGUGCAUUUGAGCCCAGCCGCCAGGCUGCUGUGCCAUUGGUGAAAGUGGAGCGCGUCUACUGCCCAGAGAAGGCCGAGGAGGCCCGAAAGCAUGAGGCCACUACCUUGGACAAGUACCAGCCACCACCGAGGGAGGCAGGAAGCCUGGAGCCCCAGGUCUUCCCUCAUGGGCCUGGGCCUUUCCUUGCCGAGCUUGAGAAGUCAGCACAGACCAUCCUGGGCCAGCAGCGGGCCUCCCUCCCUCAGGCAUCCCCCUUUGGGGAGCUCAGUGGGCACCUGAAGCCGGGCUCCCCCUACUGCUCUCCCACCCCACGGGGCCCUGAUCCUGCCUACAUCUACGAUGAGCUCUUACAGCAGCGCCGGAGACUGGUCAGCAAGCUGGACCUGGAGGAGCGCAGGCGGCGCGAGGCCAAGGAGAAAGGAUACUACUAUGACCUUGAUGACUCUUACGACGAGAGUGACGAGGAGGAGGUCAGGGCCCACCUCCGCUGUGUGGCUGAGCAGCCACCCCUCAAACUGGACACAUCCUCUGAGAAGCUAGAGUUUUUGCAACUUUUUGGCUUGACCACCCAACAGCAGAAGGAGGAACUGGUGGCCCAGAAGCGGAGGAAACGACGGCGGAUGCUGAGAGAGAGAAGCCCAUCGCCGCCGGCCGUUCAGAGCAAGCGACAGACGCCUUCGCCCAGACUGGCACUGUCCACCCGAUACAGCCCUGACGACAUGAACAACAGCCCCAACUUCGAGGAGAAGAGGAAGUUCUUGACUAUCUUCAACCUGACCCACAUCAGUGCUGAAAAGAGGAAAGACAGAGAGAGACUUGUUGAAAUGCUCCAUGCCAUGAAGCAGAGGUCACUGUCGGCGGCAGCGGCAGACUCGUUGACAAACUCUCCGAGGGACAGUCCUAUCAUCUCCCUGAGUGAACCACCCAUGCAGCCAGCUUCUCUGGAGACGGAUAAGCCUGUUGGGGUUGCUGCCUCCUUAUCCGAAGUCCCAAAGGCUGUGGAGGCUGGGAGACUAGAACAACUGCGGUCCCAGGAGCUAUCCAGAGUCCAGGAACCAGCUCCUACCAGCGGUGAGAAGGCCAGGCUGAAUGAGGCUCCCAGGGGCAAGAAGAGCCUGAGCAUGCUUCAUUACAUCCGGGGUACUGCACCCAAGGACAUUCCUGUGCCAUUGUCCCACAGCAUCAACGGGAAGAGCAAGCCCUGGGAGCCCUUUGUGGCAGAAGAGUUUGCACAUCAGUUCCACGAAUCUGUGCUGCAGUCUACCCAGAAAGCCCUGCAGAAGCACAAAGGAAGCACAGCUGUGCUGUCUGCAGAUCAGAACCACAAGGUUGACACAUCUGUCCACUACAACAUUCCUGAGCUGCAGUCCUCCAGCCGGGUCUCCCUGCCCCAGCAUAAUGGGCAACAGGAGCCCCCAGCUGGGAGAAAGGGUCCUCCCAUGCAGGAUAUGAUAGACCGAGAGUCAGACGAAGAGGAUGAAGAUGACGAGGACAGUGAAGAGGAGGAUGAAGAAGCCCCCUGGCGCAAGUGGCAAGGAAUUGAGGCAAUUUUUGAAGCUUACCAAGAACACAUAGAAGAGCAAAACCUGGAGCGGCAGGUGUUACAGACACAGUGCCGGCGGCUGGAGGCCCAGCACUACAGCCUCAGUCUGACUGCAGAGCAGCUCUCCCACAGCAUGGCGGAGUUGAGGAGUCAGAAGCAGAAGAUUGUAUCAGAAAGGGAGCGGCUCCAGGCAGAACUGGACCACUUACGGAAGUGCCUUGCCUUGCCUGCAAUGCAUUGGCCUAGGGGCUACUUUAAGGGAUAUCCGAGGUGACGGUUUCCCUUGCACUAGGCUGAACCUAUAGAAUAGAAAUAUUAUCUAUUUUAUUACCUUGAAUAUUUAAUAUUUUUCACUGGGAGGUUUGAAGCUUAAAAAAUGAGAAUGUGCCAUGCAUGAAGCAAAGGAUUCCAGGCUCCAGAAAAAACUUCACCUUGACUUCAAUGCAAUCAAAUCACCUUUGUCACUCAGCGAGCAAACAGUGUAGGAUGCCCCUAGUUUUCCUUUCUAAAGGCGGUUUUAUUCCUUCUUCCCCUGUGUCAUUUUUUAUUUUUUUAAUCUGAGAACGAAGGCUCCAUUACCAACACUAAAUGAAGUCAUGUAUCAAUCACCCCCAGUGCAUGUGACUGGAUCAGACCCGGCUGGUUUUAUUUCUUGUGUUGCCAUGUUACUGUACCACAAGAACUCAAGUUUGCUGUUGCUGCAGCCACAGGGUUGGCCUCCCUCCUCCCUAGGAGCAAGGCUUGCCUCAGCCGAAAAGAUUGGGUGCAUUUUAAAGGCCUUAUUUGUUUUACUUACUAAUCUGCAAAAGUUAAUUUAUCUUCAGAGCAACAGGUCCUAGGAGCACACAGAGCAGUCCAAGGCUUUUCCCUGGAAAAGCUCUUAACUGAGGAUAAAACAAACCCACAAACUGAAGGUACCUUUUUGUUACUCUGUGGGGGAGAAUGUACAGAGCCCUACAUAUACAGAUACUCAUGCCCCCAAAAUUGUUAUUGUGGGAUUGGGGGGGGUGUUUUCAUAUAAACGUAAAUUUUGAGAGAAAAGUCAAAGGUGCUUCAGCCUUGUACUGUGUAUAUAUCUUAAAAAACAAAGUUUUGUAUGUUUUUAUUACUUUAAUUAUUGUUAUAAAGCCUGCCAUUUUUAAUAUGUGGUUUGGGGAAUUUUUUGUUUGUUUUUCUUGUUUGGGGGUUUUGUUUGUUUUUGUUUUUCUUGGGGGGGGGAACCCUUGCUUUUAGUGUUUGUACUGCUGCUGGUCAGGACAUUAAAAUAUUGAAGUGUUUUUAAAAAUUAAAGGAGAAGCAAAGUAAAAGCUUACCACUGGCGCCUAUGCGAUCACUUCGUUUUUGAGUUGUACCAGAAACUAAUGUAGAAAGCCAUGCGUUACUUCUUACCUCCUUACCCACCCCUCCCCCAAAUCUGGAAAAGAUAAUAGCAAGUCUAACCUGCAGCUGUGAUGCAAGGAAGGGACAGCCUGGUGGGAACAAGACAUCCUAACAGCCAUGUGUGUGCACACAGGCCUGGGGCUUCCUCAAGGAACAUUUCAGGAAAAUAAGAUUUUAAGGAGCCUGAGAGCAGGUGUGAGUAGAAACUUUAGGGACAUUUAGAUUGAAAGCUUUGUCAAAGCCUGAAGUAGGGCCAGCAAGUGUCAGUCUGAGCUGAACACCUCUUUUCAUAAAAGCUCACUGUGACAGGCACAGGAAUCGCCAGAAAUCAGGCUGAUUCCUAUUGCCAAUGCAGCACUGCCUCCUUAUCCCAGUUACUGCUCCUUCAGGCAGUGUUUGAUCUAGAUCAAAAAAAGCACCUCCUACUGGAACAGGUCCUAACCAGAGGCCCAGGCAGCCACUUGCUGGUCUGCGGGUGGAGAAGGGCCCAUGCCUGACCUCUGCAGGACACUCUUAGCUGCUGCUCAGUGGCAGUGCCCCAAGUCCCAGUCCUUGCUGCGUAGAGCAGCUUGCUGGCAGCUGGUGCCGUGUCGCGUAUCUGCCCUCACACAGUUUGCUUUGUAUGUCUGCCAAGAACCUUCCAGUUAUUAGCAAACUCAGACAAAAGUGCCGCCAGUAUUGCCGGCAGUCAACAAGCGCUUCCCUCAGCCCAAGCAACUGGAAGAGAACUAACAAACAGGCUGUGCUGGGGGCCUCUUCCCCUGCAAACACAUUAAGAGAGCCACAUGUUCCACAGGUAUGUACAGGGAGUUACACUGCCAACAAUCAGGGCAAAAUAGCACUGAAGUUUUCUACUUAAAACCUCCUUGCUGAUUCUGGUGUAGUGGCUUCACUCAAGCCACCUCCCACAUCACAGAUGUCUGACUGCUUUUGCUAAUCAGCUUUGACAAUGGUCUUGGCUAAAGCAAAAGGGAAAAGCAGGGUCUAAUGAAAGCCACAGCCCCUUCUCUAUAUCCAAGAAGAAUUCCCUUGGCUGACUUAUUGUUAUGGGGCAGCUCUCGGCAUGCAGAGCAAAGGGGAGAUCUGCCAGGAUGGGAGCUGAGUCACUGAGCUAGCAAUAACUGUGAUGCCCUUUCCAAAUGGAAAGACAUCCUUGCCUGCCCUUGAGGUUCUGUAUCACUGUCGCACCAUUCUCCUAUCUAUCUGUGGAGAUCUCCAUGUGUUCUUGUGCUCAAGAAGUAAUAUGACAAUCAGAACACAAGUACAAACCAGUAAGGCAGCAUGCACAAGCUAAGGUGAAGUGGCUCUUGAGAAAACAAGAGUGCACCAAUAAGACAGACAGUAACAAGUAAUAAUUUUCAUGUUCAACAGUUAAGUUUCAUAAUCUGGGAACACUUAUUUUCAGAAGAACACAGUACAUUUAAGCCUUCAUUUAAGUUUUCGGUUGGACUUAACCAAAAUUGACAAACAUACAAUCUCUGAAGCUUUUUGUUUACCUUUUUCCCACUGAAUUUAAAGGACAAAUUUGCUCUAGAAUUGACUGUACAAACUAUCAGUAUUUAUGGGAAUGCCCAAUCCUUUUCAGCUAUGUGUCUUCUGACAUCACCUAGAAGAAAUAGCUGCCAUCUGAUGUCUGGUGGGGAAUUCACUAAACUUGUGAGGGACACCCGUCUGAUGCUAGAUUGUAUGUUUUCACAUUUAAUCAGAUCUUUAAAACAAGUUGUUGUUUCAUAUAAUCAGCCAAACUGAAAAAUACCACACUCCCAGUCAUUGUCUCAGAUUAGUGACCAAAAUAGGACUUUGAACAUUUCAGUCUAUAUUCUAGUUAUAAAGGGACAAAACACUCAACUGCAGUAACAUUUUCAUAGCUUGUACUCUUAAGACUACUCCAAGUAUUGAAAGGAGCCUGCACUUUCAUUAGCAAAAAACAGAAUCUAAAGCUGUGCUAGAAUGGAAUUUCCCUCAGGUGGCUCACAGUACUGCCGAACCUCAGAAAAUUCAGCUCAACUUCAAACCACGUUGCCCCUUCCCUGAGCCACGUAAAGCAUAGACAAUUCCAAGGACCCACACAAGAUGGAGGUGGUCAGCGCAAACAUCAGUUCUUCUGUAUAGUAGCCACUUAGCAGCAACCUCUCUACUCUUCCAAGUAACCAAGCUUUGACUUCACUACUUGCAGUAGCCUGUCCCCAACUUUUUGAUCCAGCGCUUAACUUAAAACUCCUAGACUCUGCCUUGACCUGAGAAAGACACGCUCACUGGUGAUGUUGCUUGUGCACACCCCAUGCUUCACUGCUAGGACAGCAAACCCAGACUUGGGCGGGAGGGAGGACAAUGGUGCCUCGGUCACUCUGGGGGCAGUUUAGAUGCUGUGAAAUUAAACCUGUUCUAAGUGUACUUGUUUGAAUUAACUGUAUUGUAAUAUUAUUUGUUGAAUGUAGUAAUUAGGUAUUUAUGAAUAUAUUGCUGUAAUUUCUGACAAGAUCCAAAAAAUAAAAUCAUCUU